AUGGAGUUCGACAACAAAACCGCCCUUAGACCGAGCUCUUAUGUUCAGCCGAACACCAGCAAUGCAGAUCUUCAUACAGCCAUGUCAUUCCUGCUGCGCUCCAAGGAGGGUCUUGCCAUCACAUUAAUCAGCCUAGUCCUCCUUCGCAUUGUAUAUAAUAUCUUUUUCCACCCCCUGCGCAACGUCCCCGGUCCUCUUUUCGCCAGGGCAAGCAGUCUCUGGAGACUUAUUCGGUACUUUCGGGGGACAUGGCACGAUGAUGUCUUGGAACUUCACAGAAAGUACGGACAGGUCGUUCGGAUCUCACCUGGUGAAGUGAGCUUUACGGAUCCAGAUGCUAUCAAAGGCAUCUAUGGUCAUGGGAAGACUGUGACAAAGGUGAGAGUCAUCUCUAUGAACAGGAGUGGUGGACUGAUUCGCUUGCAGGCCAGGUUCUACGAUGCAUUCAUCGUACCGAAUAUGACAGUCAGCUUCUUCGCGACAAGGGAUAAUAAAGCCCAUCGAUAUCUCCGGUCGCGAGUGUCGAGUGCGUAUUCGAUGACGUCCAUCCUCACCAUGGAGUCGUUGAUCCAAGACGUGAUGGAUGUCAACCUCAGAAAGCUUGGUGAGCUUGCGGAUGGAGGCGACUACUUUGCGAUUGACAAGAUGGUCAACUACUUUACCUCAGAUGUCGUCGGCCAACUAGCCAUAGGCGGCAUGGUCGGAUUCCUAGAACAAGGCAAGGAUAUCGGCGGUAUCAUCCAGUCUAUCCAUGAUGGAUUCUACUUCAUGGGAAACAUGGGUAUUCUUCCGUUACAAAUGUUCUGGAUCAACAACCCAGUAUCGAAGUGGUUCACCAAGAACUUCGGCGGCGAUCGCCUCAACGCCUUCGAUGUUUUCAUCAAUUGGCUCGACGGUCGUGUAGAGGAGAGAAUGACGAAUGGUCUUCUCCCCGGUCAACGACGAGAUCUCCUCCAACACUUCAUCGAAGCCAAAGAUCCUCAGGGUCAACCAGUCGGCAAGCGAGACGUUAUGAUCGAAGGGGUAAACAUCCUAGCCGCAGGUUCUGAUACAACAGCCAUCAGCAUUUUAGCCUGUCUAGGCUAUAUCCUCACAAACCGUAAUACAAAAACAAGGUUAAUGGACGAGAUUGAUCAGGCUUACCGGGAACUAAAUCUAGAUGAGGAAGGACGGGAGAUUUCCUUCAAGGAAGCGGAGAAAUUACCGCUUCUGUCCGCUGUGAUCACGGAAAGCAUCCGUCUUCAUCCCUCUAUUCAGUACCAACUUCCCCGCAUUGUGCCAGCGGAAGGAUCGCAGGUUGGAGAAUACUUUCUUCCGCCUGGUUCGACUUGUGGUGCGAGUGCCAGAGCUGUGAAUUGUUCGCGGGAAAUCUUUGGUCCGGAUGCGGAAGAGUUCCGACCUAAGCGAUGGAUUGCUCAAAAUGCAGUGGAUGAGGAACGAAUCAAGAGGGAGAAGUCUUUGUUAAUGACGUUUGGCAUGGGUAGUCGUAGCUGCAUUGGGAAGCAUUUGGCAACCGUUGAGAUGUACAAGUACAUCGCUCAAUUCUUUCGAUAUUUUGAUGCUGAGCUUGAGAAUGGGGACAAGCCUUGGACGACUAGGACGCAGUGGUUCUCGUUCCACCUUGACUUUCGCGUUGCUAUCAGGAGGAGGAAUCAUUAG